GACGACACAAUCAACGCGCGAAAGAUUGAAAUUAUUUUCGCAAAGAACAGGCGGGAGAGAAAUCUUAAAGGGUUGUGUGGUAAUAUCGAUUUAUAGUUCAUUUGACGAAUUUAACAUUUAAAAGUAUAUCAUCGGUUUUAUAAGGGAAGAGGUUCCAGAAGUUAAUACUGCCCGGGGAUUGAGUGUUUUUUAAAUGAAGUUUUAUUGCGAAUAGAAGAAGCGGUAUAAAGCUAAGGCGGACUGAUGAGCCAGCUGCUCUCCCAGCAACAGCAGGUGGCGGAGGUGGCGCUAGUUGAGACCGUGGAGGCAGGGACAGUGGAGAGUGAUUCAGACAGCGGGAUGGGCUCUCCACUGGAGACGGGCACUGCCGAACUCGCCCACGGGGAGGAACAGCACGAUUCGGACGACGAUGAUGACAUCACUGUGAACAGGAAGUCUCGUUGCCGGAAGGCGCUGCGGGACAGCGACAGCGAGCAAGAGGAGGUGGCGGGAAUGGCGGAGGCUCUGGUCCUAUCAGAAUCAAGCGAGGGGGAGGAGGGUGCAGGCGGGGAGGGGCAGAAGGGGGUCAGGCGGGGGAAGCGGGUCAUUCGCGCCCCCGUCGACAGCGAGGAGAGCGAGCCGGAGCAGGAGACGGCUAGAAAGAGCCCGAAACCGAAAAAGGAGAAGAAGGAGCGAAGCAGGGAGAAGAGGGUCAAGAGGCGAGAGAGGCCAGAGGUAACCCCCGCCACCCGAGUCCUCAAUGACAGCGGCUGUCUCCUUGGAGACAGUGAUCUGUUUGACACUGGCCUGGAGGAAGAAGGGGUGGGGCUUGAGGGAGAAGAGGAGGAGUCUCUGGAUGCCAUCAGAGCGGCUGUGAAGCAGAAGGCUAAAAAGCACAGGCCUGUCCUGGAGGAGGAGGAAGAGGAUGAGGAGGAUUUGCAUAAACCUCAGCGCAAGGAGAGGAAGGCAGCUCUGGCCAGUAAGGAGGCCAUAAGGCAGCUGCAUAGCGAGAGUCAGAGGCUGGUCCGAGAGUCCUCAUUGGGGUUGCCCUACCACAUGCCUGAACCCAAGACCAUCGACCAGUUCUUCAGGAGGAGAGCCAGGCCUGCAGGCCCUGCCAUGGCCCUGCUGAAGUCUGCAAAGUACCAGGAUUGCAUUUUAGAGGCAACUUCUGCCCCUCAGACCAGUCAGAACCAGCACAAAACAGACCAUCCGUCAACUGCGCCCGACCCCUCCCCAAAAUCAGGGGUGGCUGAGGAGGCUGGCCCGGAACCUCCCGCCCCCCUCCAGAACGGGGCGGAAGCAGCAGCAGUGCAGGAGGAGCGCCCCCUACAGGCAGACGAGCAGGCAGCUCCUACAGGCUCAGACGCAGACUGGGGCGGAGCGGAGCGCGCUGAUGUAGACCUGGGGCCCCGCCCUGCCAGUCCCACCACACCGGAGGGAGAGGAGGCGGGUCUUCCGGGUCAGAGUCGGACUGCCCCCGAGCCGGUCCUGCAGCCGGACGCCGGCCCCGCAGCGGGGGAAGCGGAGCAGCCCGCCCCAGCGCCCGCCCCCCGGGGCCGGAGGGACCGGCUGGCCAGACUGCGGGAGCUGGGCCUCGAUCCUCCGCCCGUCCCAAAACUGUGUGCCGACGAGGGGUCCUUCAUCCACCUGGAGCCCCCUCAGGCUAACCCCGCUCUGGAGGCCCUUAAGGAGCGCUUCCUGCGUCACGUGCAGCCUCCUCCACGCCCCAGAGGGGAGCGCACCGUGCAGCUCAACGUCAUCCGCAAGGAGAGCGCCCCCUCUGGCCAGGAGGAGCUCCUUACCGACGCAGUAACUGUCACCCUCACUGACGGAGAUGAGGAGCCUGUCCACAGCAGGCCAGGGGAGAAGCUGACACUCCUGAAGUCGCGUCUGCAGCAGGCCAUGGCUCUGCGCAGGCAGGUGGAGAGGGAGCGCAGGGUGGCCCUCCAUCGCCUCGACAACGAGGACUGUGAGGAAGAGGAGGAGGAGGAGGAAGAUAUGACCGACGAGUCUGAGGGGGAAGAGGGUGUGGAUGAGCUGCUGGGAGAUGGUGGGAAUGUUGAGGAGGAGGAUGAGGCAGCUGAGGUAGAGGAGGAUGAGGCAGCUGAGGAGGAGGAAGAGGCAGGUGGCAGUGAGAGGAGCCCCUCCCCACUAGCCCUCAAAAGGCCGUCGCCGCCCCUCGAGCUGCUGAACACAGACGGCACUCUGCUCCUGUUCGCAGGCAGCUCCUGCUCCCGCACUGGGGACGGGAUAAGGAGGACCGGCACAGGAGGUCGGGAGUCUGACGGCAAGCUGGAGGAGGAAGACUCCCUCACAUUGGCGAAGGACAACAGCCACAACAGCAGCUUCGAGCUGAUUGGCUCCAUGAUCCCGUCCUACCAGCCAUUCAGCCGGGCGGCAGGAAGGGGCGUGUCCAGCGGCGUGUUCCGCUCCCCAUCCCCUGGGUUCUACAGGCCCAGCUUCCUGGGCUCCGCCUCCAAGAGCUCGGGGAAGCUGUCGGAGCCCUCCCUGUCCCUGCCGGUGGAGGACUCUCAGGACCUGUACGCGCCGCCCUCCCCUGGUGAGACGGGGCCCUUCUCCCUGGAGGAGGACACACACUCCCAGCUGCUGGACGCAGACGGCUUCCUGAACGUGGGCCCCCGGGGGCCCGGCCUGUACCCGCCCCGCUCGCACAAGCGUCAGCUGCUGCUGGACAGCCUGGACGAGAACGCCAUGGACGCCAACAUGGGCGAGCUCCUGGGGCUCUGCUCCGGAGGCUUCAGCAGCGGGACGCAGGCCCCGGGGCGCAGCCAGCCCGGGGGCACUAUGGGCGAGCUCCUGGGGCUCUGCUCUGGCGGUUUUGGUAGCGGGACGGCGGGCGGGGCCGGUGCGGAGGCCGGAGACACGCAGGGAGGCACCAUGGGCGAGCUCCUGGGGCUCUGCUCUGGCGGUUUUGGUAGCGGGACGCAGGCCCCGGGGCGCAGCCAGCCCGGGGGCACUAUGGGCGAGCUCCUGGGUCUCUGCUCUGGCGGUUUUGGUAGCGGGACGGCGGGCGCGGCCGGUGCGGAGGCCGGAGACACGCAGGGAGGCACCAUGGGGGAGCUGCUAGGGCUCUGCUCCGGUGGGUUCGGCACACAGCCGGCGGGGGCCGAGGACGGGCCCCUGGGGACCGCCACGCAGAAGGGACUGAGCCAGGCCGGCUCUGAGGGGGACAUGGACCAGCUGGUCGCUCUCUGUUCCGGAAAGUUCCCCAGCCCAGCUCCCUCCCCAUCAGCUGAACCCAGACCUGCUCCAUUCUCUCCUGAAGAGGCUGCAGAAAGGAAGGAGAACCAGGAGGAAGAGGAGGAGGAGGAGGAAGCCGAUGCCGAGUUUCACCUGCUAUCGGACGUGGGGAGCAUGAGCGACCAGGAGGACAGCGAGGAAGAGAACGAUGAGGCAGAUGGAGAGAACGAGGAGGAGGAAGAAGAGGAGGAGGAGAGGGAAGCGGUGUUUGGCCCCCGGCCAGGGAAGAAGAAGAAGAAGAUGCGCAUGGCCGAGUUUGUGGACUCUGAGGCCGAGCUCUCGGGCAGCGAUUUGGGCAGCGGGGAUGAGGAUGAUGAAGGAGGGAGUGAGUACGAGGAAGAUGAGCUGCAGGAGGAUCUGCCCUCGGAUGAAGAACUGCAAGACCAGGUCAACAAGAUCCACAUGAAGCAGGUUCUGGACGAUGACAAGCGGAGGCUGCGUCUGUAUCAGGAGCGCUACCUGGCCGACGGGGACCUGCACUCAGACGGGCCGGGCCGAGCCCGCCGCUUCCGCUGGAAGAACAUCGACGAUGCGUUCGACAUGAACGGGCCAGGCGGAGAGGGGGAUGAAGAGGAGGAGGAGGAGGGAGAGCUGGAGCAGGCCGAGCUCCAGAGGAGGAGAGAGAGGCAGGAGAAGGAGCAGUGGCUCAGAGAGCAGUCGGAGGCAGCCUCCAAAAAAGGCGAGGAAGCUGAGGAUGAAGAGGGCCUGGCCGAGGAGGACAGUCAGUUCAUGAAGCUGGCCAAGAAGCUGACGGCCAAACGGCUGCAGCAGAAAGAUGCCCCAGCUGUGCCCCUCCAGAAGAGUGCCCCUGCUCACACCCCCUUCCAGAGACUAUCUCAGCCCACUCUGGUGAAGAGGGGCUCCCUGCUCAGCCAGCCUCGCGCCGUCCUGCAGAAACUGGCCUCCAUAUCCGACGGUAACCCCUGCGCCCCCCGGAACACCCGCGGCUUCCUCUUCCAGACCCUGUCGCCGGAGAAGGAGGGCACGGCCAAACAGCGCCCCAGCCAGCAGGUGAAGAAGAGGGGGCCGGCCGAGUCUCCCGCUCCAGCUGCCAAGAGGCCCUGUCCCGAGGGCCCCGGCAGGCCAGCCGGGCCCCAGAGGAGCAUCUUCCGUUACCUGGAGACCUGAGGGGGCGGUUAGAACGGACCCAGGCCCCCAGUGAAGCCUGCGUGCACAGCCACGCACUCACACUUGCACACCACACACCCCUGCUCAGGGUGCUGGGGCACUGAGAGCUGACCAGGCCUCAUUGUCCGUUACUGUUUUUAAUCAUG